AUGUAUGCGUCGGGAUUCAAACUAAUACUGGGCCUAGUGCGCAAGUACCUCGCUGAGAAAUUGGAUGCGGAGCCUUCACAGAGUGCGCAGUCUUUGUCCUCAGACACCCAUGCCCAAUGGUCCGUGGGAGGCGAUUUUAACAAGGCAACCAUCACCGCCACCCGGCUCACCGACGAAAACACAAUUUUGAAUUUCAUCAGCGGCGACGACGUGCGCGCGGUCCAGGUGCCUUUGCAUGUGAUAGGUGUGACUCUGCUCGAUGAUGUGGACGACAUCUCACCCGAUUUGGUAGCUGCUUUUACUGCUCAUGUCGACGGCAAACUCCAUCAGGCAGGUGGGUUCUGGAAGCUGCCCCCUAGAAAACCCGAGGAGGUUGGGCAGAACCCAAAAAACCAAGACACAGAAGCGCCGCGGCUCCCCGCGCCCCUGGCGCCCGGGGCGCCACUUCCCGGGGCUCGGCAAUCCGCCUCAAGGACGUUUUCCAGGCCGCCGGACAUGCCAGACUUCGAAGACGAGUAUGAGUCGAAAAGCCGCGCUGGGAUGACCCCGCAAACGGGGGGUUUUGGCAUUGGCGACCGCGAUCUCAAUCCACCGGGCUUGCUGCGUGACCCGCCCAUGAAACCUUAUCUUGAUCCGUACGGCGGAGAAGUUGCAGGCGGCGGCAUGUAUCCCACAGGAGACCACCCGAUGUUUGGGCUGAGCCGGGGCAACACCUCAAGAUUAGGCGUGCCUCCGGGGGCACGUUUCGAUGACCCAUAUGGCGAGGAUAACUUGGAGGAUAUGGGCAUGGGUCUCCCUGGAAAUAUGAGGCAUCCUCCCUUUGGCGGACCUCCUGGGCCUCCAUUUGGGGGACCUCCUGGGCCUCCCGGGCCUCCAUUCGACAGACCUCCGUUUGGGGGGCCUGGCGGGCCUCGCGGGCCUCCGUUUGGGGGGCCUGGCGGGGGCGGGAUGUUCUGA